CUUGUAGGUUAGAGAGCUACAGAGAGAGGCGGCCGGCGUGAAAAAGGUCCCGGGCUGACUUCCGGCGUGGCUUCCUCCUUCGCAGGGUUGUGUAAUCCAGGAAAAGGAGGGCGAGAGUUGCAGGGGCUUCGGGGUCUUCAACUCUGGUCUUCAAGAAGCUGAACGUCCCGUUUGCAGCCUCAUCUUGUCGGAGCAUCUUUCAUGCAGAGAAGGCCACCAGGGAUGAAAAUGGAGGAGGCAAGCCAAGUCGACCCCAAACCGGUGGAAGGAUUGGAAGGGGCAAGAAAGACUUCGCAUGUCAUUGAGAGGAGCUGCAUCCGUGAAUUCCUACAAAAGAUGCCGGCGCCACAGAUUAAAGAGGAAGCCAGCGAAGGUCUCAUUCAGCGUUGGGAGGUCCAAUGGCAGGACUUCCUAAAGGAAGCAGAGUCACCUCGCACAGGCUGGGGGCUCCCCCAGUUGCCGGAUGAACCUGCGCCAUGGGACGAUGCCAAGGCCUUCCUGGCCUCCUUUGAGCAAGUGGCCGAGGCCUGCCGGUGGCCCAAAGAAGAGUGGGUGAACCGACUCCUGCCAGCCCUCCGAGGAGAAGCCGAGCAGGUCUUCAGCAGGCUGGAGGCUCAAGACAGAAAGGACUAUCGGAAGGUCAAGGCAGCCAUUUUGCGUGGUGAUGCCUUCAACAGAGAAAAGAGUCGCCAGCACUUCAGACACUUCUGUUACCAGGAGGCCGAAGGGCCCAGAGAAGCUUACAGCCGACUCCAGGAACUUUGCCACCAAUGGCUGAAGGUUGAGAGGCACACAAAGGAGCAGAUCCUGGAGCUGCUUAUCUUGGAGCAAUUCCUGACUGUUCUGCCCUCCGAGAUCCAGAACUGGGUCAGGGAACGAGGCCCCGAGACCUGCGCCCAGGCGGUGGCUCUGGCUGAGAGUUUCCUCCAGAUGCAGAGAGAGGUAGAGCGACAAAAGUCUCAGGUUGCACCAUCCUUUGAAGAAGUGGUUUUGAGUUUCUGUGAGCCGGAAGCUGUUCCAUCCACCCCCAGCAGCCACAGGCCACUGCCCAAGGAGACCAAGCAAGAGGAUGGCAAUGGAGAAACCAUCUUGAUGGGUGCUAAAGAGUGGAUGACCAUCGGUGAAGGAGGAGAAUUGGUACCAGAAGGUUCUGAGCAAUUGGCACCCCACAUGCCAACCAUCUGGAGAGCGACUGAGAACAUCCCAGGAAUUUGUGAGCAGAGAACCUUUCUAGGGAGUCAUCUGGAGGUCAGCUCAAGGCAAGGAGUAGAUAUAUCUGUGACAUCGGGGGGACCCUUCCAGGAUCUGAAGGAAGAUGUGUUUCAGCGGAGAUUCCAUCCUGAUGUGGGGCAGGCAAGUGGAAACAGAGAGAACAUCGGUCAUGAAGACAUCACUGAAGAAUGUGAACCCCACAGGAUGUCUCCAAGAAGGGCAAGAGAGGACCUUUCAUAUGGACAGGGUGUUUCCAAAGCCUCUGAGAAGAAACAAAACAGGAAGCCGGGAGAUGAGCCCGAAACCACUGGUGCUAAAUCCAGUUCUUCUGAGGUAAAUAAGAUCUUUGCUGAGACAGGAAUAGAACCUCAACGCAAGGCUUGUGUAGUGGUUGGUAAACACCUGAGAAACACAGGGCUUUUUAAGAAGGUCAAAAACAGCAACGGAGAGAUGUUGUACCUCUGCACAGAGUGUGGCGAAAGCUUCAAGCACAAGAAACAUCUGACUAUGCACCAAAGGGCCCACCGCAGGAACACCUUUUAUGACUGUUCUGCUUGCGAGAAAAGUUUUGUGUGGAUGGAAGACCUUACUCGUCAUCAGAGAAUCCAUACUGGCGAAAAGCCAUACACAUGUUCAAUUUGUGGCAAUGGGUACAGCUCCCGCUCUGGUUUCAUUCAUCAUCGGCGAAUACAUGCAGAGGAGAAACCUUUUCAGUGCUCAGACUGUGACAAGGGCUUUGUCUGCAAGUCGCACCUCACUCGACACCAGAGAACUCACCAGGACAGAAAAUUAUACACCUGCACCGAAUGUGAUAAGAGCUUCUGUCAGAUCUCACUUCUUAUGCUGCAUAAAAUAACUCAUGCAGCAGAAAAACCUGGAUUAUUAUCCUGAUCUUUGGGAUUAUUCUUAGUUUAGUUUUUUGUGGGUUUUUCAGGCUAUAAAAACCCACAAAAAACUAAACUAAGAAUAAUCCCAAAGAUCAGGAUAUAGCCAUGAUCUAGAAGAGUUUAUUCCUGGCAUUUUGUCAACAUCUCUGGGUGACAUCUUCAGUGAAUGCUCUUCUAGAACAUGGUCACAUAGCCCGAAAAACUCCCAAAAAACUAUAGAUGCCAGCCAUGAAAACCUUCGACAAUAUUCUUAGUUUAUUCUAACCCUCUGGUUCUCCUCUUUCCCAUUUGCAGUCCUAGAUUUUUUUGAUCCACUUAUAGUUUAGAGAAGUGUUCAAACCACGAUCCUCUUCUCAAAGAGAGGAAAGAUCACUUCUGGAUUUUCUUUCCUGGGAUUCCAGGGCUAGCUCCAUAAAUGUUUGGUGGUGGACUUCAUCCCGGUUGGAUUGAGACCUUUUAAACUGUACUUGAAACAUGUUUUGUAAAUUCUUUCAGACCUGUUAUUCUUUAUGGAUGUAAAACCAACAAAAACUCUGUACACGGAGGUAUAAAAAUAGGUAAUAAUAAA